AUGGCUCCAGUUGGAGACAGAACACAACAACCCCAUGUAGUUUGUGUCCCCUACCCUUCACAAGGGCAUGUUAGCCCUAUGAUGCAAUUAGCCAAGCUCCUACACUCAAAGGGCUUUCACAUAACCUUUGUCAACUCUGAGUUCAACCACAGGCGCCUCAUCAGGUCUCAAGGGCACCCAUCAUCCCUUGUCGGCUUACCUGGCUUUAGAUUUGAGGCCAUACCAGAUGGGCUUCCACCAUCUGACAAAGAUGCUACCCAAGAUGUUCCUGCACUCAGUGAUUCCAUCAGAAAAAACUGUCUUAGUCCCUUCAAAGAGCUUCUAGUUAAGCUUGGUGAAUUGUCUGAAGUGCCCCCAGUUACUUGCGUAAUUUCAGAUGGGGUCAUGGGGUUUGGGAGCAGAGCUGCUGUGGAAUUGGGCAUUCCAGAGGUUCAGUUUUGGACUGCCUCUGCUUGUGGCUUCAUGGGUUACUUGCAGUAUAGCGAACUCCUAAAAAGAGGCUUGGUUCCAUUCAAAG